AUGGACAGACUUGGAGGCCUCCCUAGCAGCCGCUGUGGCCCUGCACACCAGCAGGACCUGUUUUCCCCGUUUGCACCCCUCAGCUCCGAGGGCUACCCAGAGCUCCUCAGCUUGGAGCCCUCCUGUCCCCCUGCCUCGGUCCUCGUCCUGCACGUCUCUGAGGAGAUGGCGCCUCCUCCAGGAAGCCUCCCUGACUGCCCCGCCUCCUGGAGCUCAUCUGGCCUCUUCACUGCUUCCAGUGUGGCUGUCACUGGGAUUAGCCAGCCCCAGCCCCUCUGUUUCCUGGAUCACUGUGUGUCUCACCAAGUCAUGGGAGGUUACGGAUUGUCCAUUCCCUGCAACAUGGUGGCCCCAGUGCUCACAGAAGGCCUCCCCUACAAGUGCCCGCACGUGCGCGCGCCGGGCGCGGGGACCCAGUGCCAGCGCUGCGACGCCGCCGACCCCGCGCGCCACCACAACGCCUCCUACCUCACCGACUUCCACAGCCCCGACGACAGCACCUGGUGGCAGAGCCCGUCCAUGGCCUUCGGGGUGCAGCACCCCGCCUCGGUCAACAUCACCCUGCGCCUGGGGAAGGCUUACGAGAUCAGCUACGUGAGACUGAAGUUCCACACCAGCCGCCCCGAGAGCUUUGCCAUCUACAAGCGCAGCCGCGCAGGCGGCCCCUGGGAGCCCUACCAGUACUACAGCGCCUCCUGCCAGAAGACCUACGGCCGGCCCGAGGGCCACCACCUGCAGCCGGGUGAGGACGAGCGAGUGGCCUUCUGCACUUCCGAGUUCAGUGACAUCUCCCCGCUGAGCGGAGGCAACGUGGCCUUCUCCACCCUGGAGGGCCGGCCCAGCGCCUACAACUUCGAGGAGAGCCCGGGGCUCCAGGACUGGGUCACCAGCACCGAGCUCCUCAUCUCUCUAGACCGGCUCAACACGUUCGGGGACGAUAUCUUCAAGGACCCCAGGGUGCUGAGGUCCUACUACUACGCCGUGUCCGACUUCUCCGUGGGUGGCAGGUGCAAGUGCAAUGGGCACGCCAGCGAAUGCGGCCCCGACGCGGCGGGCCAGCUGGUCUGCCGGUGCCAGCACAACACCACGGGCGCCGACUGCGAGCGCUGCCUGCCCUUCUUCCGGGACCGCCCGUGGGCCCGCGGCACCGCCCAGGCCGCCAACGAGUGCCUGCCCUGCAACUGCAGCGGCCGCUCCGAGGACUGCACCUUUGACCACCAGCUCUUCCGCAGUACGGGCCACGGCGGGCACUGCCACCACUGCCGCGACCACACGGCCGGGCCGCACUGCGAGCGCUGCAAGGACGACUUCUACCGCUGGGACCUGCGGGCGCCGUGCCGGCCCUGUGACUGCCACCCGGCAGGCUCCCUGCACCUCCAGUGCGAUGCCUCGGGCACCUGCCCCUGCAAACCCUCGGUGACCGGCUGGAAGUGUGACCGCUGCCUGCCUGGGUUCCACUCGCUCAGCGAGGGCGGCUGCAGACCUUGCACCUGCAAUGCUGCUGGCAGCCUGGGUACCUGUGACCCCCACAGUGGGCACUGCCCCUGCAAAGAAAAUGUGGAAGGCAGCCUGUGUGACAGAUGUCGCCCGGGGACAUUUAACCUGCAGCCCCACAACCCGGCCGGCUGCAGCAGCUGCUUCUGCUAUGGCCACUCCAAGGCGUGCACGGCCGCGGGCGGGUUCCAGGUGCACCACAUCCUCUCCGACCUCCGCCAGGGAGCCGGGGCCUGGCGCACCAGAGGCACAGGGGGCGCAGAGCACCCCGCAAGGUGGAGCCCGGGUGGGGUCCUCCUGGGCCCCGAAGACGAGGAGCUCACAGCCCCAGAGGUGUUCCUGGGAGACCAGCGGCUCAGCUACGGGCAGCCCCUCACGCUGACCUUCCGAGUGCCCCCCGGGGGCUCCCCGCCGCCUGUGCAGCUGAGGCUGGAAGGAGCGGGCCUGACACUGGCUCUGAAGCCGUCCGGCCAGUUGGGUGCCCAGGACGCGGGGCAGCCGGGGCAGGCGCAGCUCCGCUUCCUCCUGCAGGAGACCUCCGAGGAUGCGGAGCUCCCGCUGCCCGCCUUCCACUUCCAGCGGGUCCUUGCCAACCUGACUGCUCUGUGCCUCCGGACCAGCGGCCAAGGCUCUGGCCUUUCCGGCCGAGUGCUCCUGAGUGAGGUGCAGCUCACGUCGGCUCGGGUCCAGCGGGGACUGUCCCCGCCAGCCACCUGGGUAGAGACUUGCUCGUGUCCCCGGGGCUACAUGGGCCAGUUCUGUGAGUCCUGUGCUCCAGGAUACAAGAGGGAGACACCGCGGGGGGGUCCCUAUGCCAGCUGUGUCCUCUGCACCUGUAACCAGCAUGGCACCUGUGACCCCAAUACAGGGACCUGCCUAUGCGGCCACCACACCGAGGGCUCGUCCUGUGAGCGCUGCUUGCCAGGUUUCUAUCGCAACCCCUUCUUGGGCCAAGCCGACGACUGCAAGCCCUGUCCGUGUCCCAGCCGGUCAGCCUGCACCACGGUCCCGGAGAGCGGUGAAGUGGUGUGUACACACUGCCCCUCAGGCCAGAGAGGGCGGCGCUGCGAGAGCUGUGACGACGGCUUCUUCGGGGACCCGCUGGGGCUCUCUGGGGCCCCCCAGCCCUGCCGCCGGUGCCAGUGCAGCGGGAACGUGGAUCCAAACGCCGUGGGCAACUGCGACCCCCUGUCUGGCCGCUGCCUGCGCUGCCUGCACAGCACGACCGGGGAGCGCUGUGAGCUGUGUCGCAAAGGUUUCUAUGGCAGCGCCCUGGCCCUGCGGCCAGCGGACAAGUGCACGCCCUGCAGCUGCAGCCCCAAGGGCUCGGUCAGUGCAGAGACACCCUGCGACCCGGUGACCGGCCAGUGUCCCUGCCUGCCCCACGUGACUGGCAGGGACUGCAGCCUCUGCAGCGCCGGCUUCUACGACCUCCAGCCAGGCAGGGGCUGCCGCAGCUGUGCAUGUCACCCGCUUGGCUCCCAGGAGAACCAGUGCCACCCUGAGACGGGGCAGUGCCACUGCCGCCCGGGUGUCACAGGCCUGGCCUGUGAUAGGUGUGAACCAGGUUUCUUCGGCUUCUCCAUCAAGGGAUGCCGGGCUUGCAGGUGCUCCCCGCUGGGCGCUGCUGUGGCCCAGUGCCACGAGAACAGCACGUGCGUGUGUCGGCCCGGCUUUGUGGGCUACAAGUGCGACCGCUGCCAGGACAACUUCUUCCCCACGGAGGGCGGAGCACACUGCCAGGAGUGCCCGCCCUGCUACGGCCUGGUGAAGGAGGAGGUAGCCAAGCUGAAGGCCAGGCUGACCCUGAUGGAGGGGUGGCUGCGGGGCUCCGACUGUAGCAGUCCCUGGGGGCCACUAGACAUUCUGCAGGGAGAAGCCCCCCGGGGGGACGGCUAUCAGAGUCGCCACCUGCUGCCAGGGGCGCGGGAAGCCCUCCUGGGGCAGCUGACAGGCCUCGAAGGUGCUGUGAAGGCCGCCCGGGAGCAGCUGCAGGCGCUGAGUGAGGCCGCUGACUGUGCCCGGGCCGGAGCCCGGAAGACCUGCACCCAGCUGGCUGACCUGGGGGCGACCCUGGAGUCCACGCAAGACGAGAUUCUGCAGGCAGCCAGCGUGCUCGCAUCUCUGGUGAUUCUCUGGGACGGGCCCAGGCAGCCCUCCAACUGGAGCCAGCUGGCUACAGAGGCCCGCACCCUCGCCAGGGGCCACAGGGAUGCCGCUGCCAAGACUGAAGCCGUUGUGCGUCGCGCCCUGCUGGCCUCCAACACCAGCUACGUGCUCCUCCGGAGGCUGGUGGACAGCAGGACAGCCCUGGAGACCCAGCGGGACCUGGAGGACAGGUACCAAGAGGUCCAAGAGGCCCAAAAAGCGCUGGGCAUGGCUGUGGCACGGGAGCUUCCCGAAGCCAGGAGGGUGCUGGCGUCCGUGCGGCAAGGCAUCGAUGAUGCGGCCCCGCACCUGGCCUCCCUGGCAGCCGCCGCUGGAGCCCCGCCUCCCGAGUCCCAGGCCGGAGACCUGGGCCUCAGAGCGUGGGCCCUGGAGCAGAAGGUGGCAUUGAGGGAGCGUGUGGCCAGUGAGGCUGCCGGGGCCCUCCAGGCCUCCGCCCGGGCAGCGCUGCGGAGGACAGAGCCCCUCACGCAGCUGCGCCAGGAGGCCACAGCCGCCCUGGCGUGGGCUUCCUCGUCUGUCCAGGCUGCCUCGAUGACCGUGACGGGAGCCAAGGCCCUGCUGGCUGACCUGCAAGGAAUGAAGCUGCGAUUUCCUCGGCCCAAGGACCAGGCUGCGCUGCGGAGGAGAGCAGGCACGGUCAGGGACCGGCUCCUGGCAGACGCGAGAAGGAAGACCCAGCAGGCAGAGAGGAUGCUGGGAACUGCGGCAUCGCUCUCCUCCAGCGCCAGGAAGAAGAGCAGAGAAGCAGAGCUGUUGGCCAAGGGCGAUGCCAAGCUCGCCAGGGCCUCGCUGCGGGACGGGAAGCAGGGCCACCGCCGUGCCAGCCGGCUGGCCAGCCAGGCGCAGGUCACGCUCCGACAGGCCUCGCAGCUGGCGCUGGCCGAGGGAACACGCAGGCGGGAGCUGGAGGAAGCUGAGCAGGUGGGUGCCGGGCUGAGCACAGUGGAGCAGCAGAUCCAGGAGUCACGCGUCUCCCUGGAGAAGGACAUCGAGGCCUUGUCCGAGCUGCUCGCCAAGCUGGGGUCCCUGGACACCCAUGAAGCCCCCGCCCAAGCCCUGAGCGAGACCCAGCGGGCCCUGGAAGGCUUGAGGCUUCAGCUGGGCUCAGAGGGGGCGCUGCAGGGGAAACUGAGGCUGCUGGAGCAGAAGUCCGAGCAGCAGAGGCUGCAGAUCCAGGGCUUCGACAGCGACCUCACCGAGAUCCGAGCCGACAAGCGGAACCUGGAGGCCAUUCUGCGCAGCCUGCCCGAGCGCUGUGCGGGCUGGCAGUGAGGGCACAGCCUGGCACUCUCUCCUCCACGCGCUACUUCCUGGCCCGGGACACAGCACCACGGCAGCCUGUGCGCACCAUCCUCUGGGGCACACACCCAGCAGCACGCUCACUCUGGCAUCAGUAACACACACCUGUGCCCGGGUGCAACACACGCACACAUACACAAAACAGUCCAACUCCGGCUGGUGCUGAGAGCCAGCCGUGUGCUGGGACCCUUCACAAGCUGAGGGGGGUGUGUUACGUUAAAUUCCCUGCAGGGCCACCUGUCUGCCUGCUGCAGAGAGCAGGAGCAGCAUCUAGGAGCAGGGGAGGGGUGUGUGCAGAGAGCUGGGGGGAGCAAAGCCAGGGCCACAGCUACUAGCACCAAGGCUGUCCCCCAGUCUCACCGCAGCCCCUUGUACCCACCAUGGGCACACACACCCAGCAGCCCAGGGACCAGGCCAGGUCCUGGGGACCUUCUCAGCCCCUGCAUUUGAGACUCAGGACCCCCCUGAGGCUGUGGUGUGGCCUGCUUGGCUGGCAGGGCAGCAUUCCCCUUUCUGGACCCUUCCCUCCCAGGAGCUGGGUCUGACCCCACACCCCCCGGCAGCCGGUGAUUGGCUCAGAGCCAGGCCCUCCAGAGUCUAAAGGGCCUCCGACCGGCCACAGAAAUACCCCCUGGUGCCCUUACUCACCCUCAACCUGUGAUGGACGUUUCCUGAUCCAGCCCUGCGGCCCCACCUGCCAUGAAGGAGGCCACAGGGUGUGGAGUCUGGCCACCAUUCCAGUCUGUCCUGCCUGGGGAAUCCCCCUGCGGCCUGGUCCCCGGUGGCCUCUGCCCAGGGCUCCCUGGCAUUUCCUCCACCCCUUUCCUGGGCCUUCUUCCAGCAGGCAGCAGGGCCUUGGCACCCGGCUGACAGGUGCCUCUGCGGGCCCGGUGCUUCCUGGCUACACUGUCCCCAUCUGGGCGAGCAGGUGGCAACAUGGACCAGUUCUACGUGUGAGGAAAUAAAGGACCCUUUACCGAA